UGUGACGUCAUCAGGCGGCGCCGCUUCAGUGCUGUGAUUCAACUGGAGAAAGGAUAAAGUGUCCAAACACAGAGAAAAACUCCUGCUGAAGCGACUGAUCUCCACACUGUUAUAAAGAUGGCGUUUAUUAAAGAGGAGAGUGAAGAUGUGAAGAUUGAAGAAACAUUCACAGUCAAACGGGAAGAUCUGCAGGAACAAACAGACCUGAUGGUGCUGAAAGAGGAGACUCAUCAAUGGAACGAAGUGAAAGAGAAACAGCAGUUUAAGAAACCCCAAGAAAUAACGACUGAUGAAAAACCCACACUGUCUAAAAGGACUUCAUCACGCGGAAGACUUCGGAAAUCCAAAUCUAGGUGUAAUUUCAACUGUAAACUGUGUAGAAAGAGUUUCACUAAAAAGUCCAAGCUUGAUGUUCACAUGAGAGUUCACACAGGAGAGAAACCUUACACCUGUGAACAGUGUGGAAAGAGUUUUGGUCAAAUACAAGGCUUUAAAACCCACAUAAUAAUUCACACUGGAGAGAGGCCGUACACAUGCCAACCGUGUGGAAAAAGCUUCUGUCAUGCAGGAAACUUGGCAGCGCACAUGAGAAUUCACACUGGAGAGAGGCCGUACGCAUGCCAACAGUGUGGAAAAAGCUUCAAUAAUACAGGAAACUUGGCAGUGCACAUGAGAAUUCACACUGGGGAAAAGCCUUACUCUUGCCCUCAGUGUGGAAAGAUUUUUAAACAAAAUGGCACCCUUGAAGUCCACAUGAGAACACACACUGGAGAGAGAAGUUUUACUUGCACACAGUGUGGGAAAAAUUUUUCUCAAAAACAAAACCUUGACACCCACAUGAGGAUUCACACUGGAGAGAAACCUUACACAUGCACAGAGUGUGGAAAAAGUUUCCCAUAUAAAAGCACACUCAAACACCACAUGAUAAGUCACGCCAGAGAGAAGCCGUUUGUAUGUGCUCAGUGUGGAAAGAGCUUCACAACCAAAGCUAGCCUCAUGAACCACAUGGAUGGUCACACUGGAACCAUAGUGUUCACAUGUGAUCAGUGUGGAAAGAGUCUCACACGCAAAGACUCCAUUAAGCAACACAUGAAGACUCACUCAGGAGAGGAUCGUUUUAGAUGCAGUGAGUGUGGAACGGGCUUUAAACAUAAAAGAAUCCUCAGCACUCACAUGAAGCUUCACAAUGGUGAUUAG